CAGACAACAUAAAAUUGACAAAAUCCAAGGUCCUUUCCAAAAACUCCUCUCUUCUUCGCCAUGUCUCUACCUAAACUGCUUCACACCUUUCUUCGUUGCCUCGCACUAUCACAUUACCUUCUCGCCAUCAGGUAAGCUUUUUUCUCCUUCUCCUCUGCUUCUCAAUUUUGAUCGACUCUCUCCAUUUUGAUCUUCGCAUUUGGUAGUUUUCGAUUGCGAUUUCUGCUCAUUUCCUGCUUGCAUGAAUGUCACUUCAGCUGGGCCAGAGUUUUUCUGAAGUGACGCUUGAUUCAAUUUCUUAUUAGAAAAUGCUCGAGAAAUUAUUUUUGUUCAUUCGUGAUCUUUUUGGUUUCAUUUUCUGUUAGGUCGUUUUAGGGCUGGCCGUGGGAAGUGUUUUUGUGGGUAAGCUUCAGAAAUGGGGUUUGUGGACAACAUGAUGCAAGCGAAAUCGACGAAAGUGGUUUCAUCUUCCGGCAGCAGUGCUUCCCGCGGUGGCGGCAGUGGUCAUGACGAUGGUGAUGGUGGUGGUGGUGGUCGGGGUAAGUUUAAGCCGCCGAGGGUUUGGUGUGUUAGGCAUUACCCCCCAAAUUGUGGGCCUUAUAGUCGUUCUAGACCAGAUGGGUUAGCAGCAGUCUCUAGUCUUAGCAAUGGAGAUGAUGACUCCGGUUUUGGACUUUCUGCAACUAAUGUGGAAUCUCUGGAUUUAGAACCAGAUAGUAACUUGGGAGUUUCUAGUUCUAGUGUUAUAAAUUCAGUGCGCUUGGAGAGCUGCACCAGUGUUGUUCCUGAUGAUUGUUGUGAUUUCAUUGGACAUCCUGUGGCUAAGAUCGAAUCCUGUGAUUUAAGAGUGUCUGAAAAUUUGGAUGAGACAGAUAUUCUUGGGGAAUUGUAUACUGUCAAGUCAAAGUUAAAGAGUCCAGCAGUGUCACCUGACCAUACGAAUGGAUGCUUAGCAGAUAUGCCGGAAUCUGUUGGUACUUCACUAUCAGAAUCAUGGAAUGCGGCAGCGGUGAAUGAACAAGAAGUUUCAAACCGUGAGAUUAUUGGUUCGCUACCAGAUUCUUCCAAGGCAGAUGUUACUGGUCCCUUGAAAGAAACUUCCAUGCAUAAAUAUCCUCCUAGGAGAAAAGUGUCAGCUGUUAGACACUUCCCACCAAACUGUGGAAGAAAUGCUAAACCUCCUAGUAAGCAAGAACAAGAGAAAUUAGGUGCUGUGGAAGAGGUCAAAGAUGUUAGUAUGGAUGGUGGAGCUCACAGGGGCAGGUCUGAAAGCAAUGUCCCAGAACAGAAGCAUGUUAAGGUUCACGUGAAAUAUUCUAGUGAGAAAGCAACGAAGAGUGGUGAUGAAGUCGAAAUUUGUUCUGGGAAUGUUGCAAGGGUUGAUCAAGAAUGUGGACCUGAUAGAGGCAUUAGGUCACAUUAUCAGAUUGGGGAAAAGUCUAAUGUAGUCCAUAAGUCUGAUAACAAAGGAGAACUGAAGGGGCUCUUGCAGCCAGAAUCUGUUGUUUGUAAGGCAAAGGUUGCUGCCGAAAGACACAGCAAAAAGCUUACUGUCUCUGAGGAGUUUGAUGGUCUCAAUGUUGCAUCAGAAAGGGCGGUGGUGGUAGGUCUUAUGGCCUCGACUGCCAAUUCUUUGAUCAAGGUAGAUAACUUACUUAGUGAUGGAAGUGAAAGGAACAAUAAUACUAAAAAACAAGCUACAACACAAGAACAAAGAAAAUCGGUUACCUCGGUGAAGGUCAACCCAUCAUCUAAACCCACAAGACAUGAAUUUUCUAGGGGGGAUGAUGAACUAGAUGACACAAAGGAAAAUGAGAAAUGUGUUGGUUCCCAAUUAGUUAGGAGGAAAACUAAUUUAAGUGUGAAUCUGACUCCUUUUGGCACUACCACUUCCAAAGGCUCCAACAGUGCAAGAAAGAAGGUGAGGGAAGUAUUACGCUUAUUCCAUAUUAUUUGUAGGAAGUUGGUGCAUGAAGCAGAAAUAAACCCCAGCCAAAGAAAAAAUCUCAAACGGGUCGACUGUAUUGCUGCCAAAGAGCUAAAAAACAGAGGAAUGUGCCUCAAUGAAGGCCAGCGUAUAAUUGGAGCUUUUCCAGGAGUUGAAGUUGGUGACGAGUUUCUGUACCGAAUGGAGCUUAACAUUAUUGGUUUUCAUCGCCAGACUCAAGCCGGUAUCGAUUGUAUGCAACAAGGUCAAGAUUUGUUAGCAGUGAGCAUUGUAGCAUCAGGUGGAUAUGAGGAUAACUUAGAUAGCUCAGAUAUAUUAGAUUACACAGGUCAUGGUGGAAAGACUAAAGAUAAGGAAGCUGAAGAUCAGAAGCUUGAAAAAGGUAAUCUUGCUUUGAAGAAUAGCAUUAAGGCAAAAAAUCCUGUAAGAGUGAUUCGUGCAGAAAUGAAAAUGUCGAAGGUUUAUGUAUACGAUGGUUUAUACACCGUGGAGAAGUAUUGGCAAGAGCCAGGACCACAUGGUAAGCUAGUUUUCAAGUUUCGGAUGGUUCGAGUUCCGGGUCAACCAGAGUUAGCUUGGAAACAGGUGAAGAAGUCUAAAAAAUCCAAAGUCCGGGAGGACUUGUGUGUGGGUGAUAUAUCUCAAGGGAAAGAGUUGAUUCCUAUAUGUGCCGUGAACACAAUAGACGAUGAGAAGCCACCAGCGUUUAAGUACAUCACUCGGAUGAUAUAUCCGAAAAAUCUCACCCCUCCCAGUGGUUGCAACUGUAGAAAUGGGUGCACUGAGUCAGGUUCGUGCUCUUGUGUGGCGAAGAACGAUGAUCAUAUUCCAUACAACCAUAAUGGAGCAAUUGUUGAAGCGAAGGAUCUUGUCUAUGAGUGUGGCCCUUCAUGCAAGUGUCCGCCUUCUUGCUUCAAUAGAGCCAGUCAGCACGGAAUUAAAUUCCAGCUCGAGAUUUUCAAGACGCAUUCGAGGGGUUGGGGUGUUCGAUCCUUGAACUCGAUUUCUUCCGGGAGUUUCAUUUGUGAGUAUGUUGGAGAACUUCUUGAAGAUAACGAGGCCGAACGAAGGACUAAUGAUGAGUAUCUGUUUGAUAUCGGUGGGCAUAGUGAUGAAGAAGAUGCACAGGACUCUAACUUCACAAUUGAUGCUGCAGAGUUUGGUAAUGUGGGGAGGUUCAUCAACCAUAGUUGCUCCCCUAAUCUUUAUGCCCAGAAUGUGCUCUAUGAUCAUGGGAAUCGGAAGAUUCCUCAUAUAAUGUUCUUUGCUGCUGAGAACAUUCCUCCUUUGAGAGAGUUGACUUACCACUACAACUAUCAGAUAGAUCAAGUUUGUGAUUCGCAUGGCAACAUCAAGAGGAAGAACUGCUACUGUGGUUCUGCAGAGUGCACGGGUCGGAUGUAUUAAGGCCGAUAUGUUAUGGAUUCUGAAAGUAGCAGCUGCCGGAUUUUUCUAGCUCAGUAAAUGUAAGUUGGUGCGAUGAAUUUUUGUAUUUUUUUACUCCGUAGUCAGAAAAUUUUGAUGAUCUAUGGGCACCGUGAAGUCCAUGUUCUCAGUGUUCUACAUGUUUAUGGCCGAGUAUCUUAGAUGUUUAACAGUCCAUGCUGUUGAUAUCUCUAUUGGCUGUUACUCUCUGUUCUACUUAAUUGAUCAUGAAAGUAGCAGCAUGUAUGUUUAUGAUGGUCUCUGGCAUUGUGUAGAACUGAAAUUGUAGCCCCCUUUUUUUUAUACCAGUUAGAUGUCAAAAUGACUGCGGAUUUUAGUUUGCUUGACUUAAACUUCUACGCUUAUUAGUUAUUACUUGUCAAAAUAUUUUUCAUGUGAUUGCGACAAAGAGUUACUCUUUUUCGUCGCACUUCUUUGCUAGCAGCAUAGAGUUUAAAUGUAGGUUAGGUCUUCUCGAGGCAACGCGGAUCCCUUUGUUAUUUGAAUCUCAUUAUAUGUACCUUUCUUUUUCUUGAUAUUCAUUUCGGCCCGAAUUCAUAGUGUUGAGCCUGCCAGCAUGACGUGUUGCAAUAGUGAAGAUGUCUUAUAUCCAAAACUUAGGAUGUUCUCCAGAUACUUGCAUAAUCUGGAUCUUUGGGAGCCUUCUUGAUACAGAAGCCUUAAUAUUUAUAGUCAUAUAGUAGCAGCAAUAAGUCUCUUAAUGAGACAGUAACUCCUUUGUGAAGGGAUGUAUAUUUUGGGCGAAGGGGUGUGUCUCUUCGACCAUAACUGCCUGUUUCUUUCCUGUUUACCUUAUAAAUAGGCAAGUCAGGAAGCCGAACGGCAGCAUGAUGAAAAUAAAACAGUAAUAAAUAUAUUCUAAGUAUAAUCUGUGUUUCGUGUUAUUCUCUCGUCCGUUCGUACGAUAACGAACUUUACCUUAUCUUCGAUAUCGUCCUAUAUCACUUCUGAUGGCAUUGCCUAUAUGGGUGGGAGUUACAAUCUCUUGAUUAGUUUCUCGUCUGCUCUUUUCACUACUACCAGCUUUAUUCAUCUGCUUGCAUGUAGCAACAUAGCAGUAAACAUUUUCAAUCACAACUGAGUUUUCUUUUCAUGGAUCACUCAGGAUAUCUAGCAAAUAGAGGCAUUUUUCACUC